UAUCUCUGUUUAUUUAGUCUGUCCUGUUAUCUGGCCAGUGAGGCAGCUCCCAGUGCUCUACAUGGAGUACGGAGGGAGGUUGGAAGCGUGAGCUGUCAGAGGGACAGGUUGGUCCAUUUUCACUCCGUUUUCCUGCCAUCACAGUGAUACAGCUGGCUGCCUCUUGUGGAUUUAUCUGAGUGUGAGUGACACCUGGGAAGACGAGGGAAACCUGUUUGGAGAGGCAGGAGUCUGCUACCCCCUCCAUCGCUCCUGUGUGUGUGGAUGAACUGUGCUCUUCUAGUCUGUUCCCCAGCACCAUGAACAAGAUGAAGAACUUUAAGAGGCGUUUCUCUCUUUCUGUUCCUCGCACUGAAACCAUUGAGGAGAACGAGUUCACUGAGCAGAUAAACCAGCUCAACAUACGGCACACUCAGGGGCUGACUCAAGACAGGCUGGGUCCUCCAUCUCAUGAUGUCAGUCCUUCGAGCCCUGAACCAACAACACCGGGAGCUCAAUCUCCAUCACACCUCCACUUCCACAGCAAGGCCCAGCAAAGACGUUUCUCGAUGGAAGACGUCAGUAAGCGGAUGUCUCUGCCCAUGGACAUCCGCCUGCCUCCAGAGUUUCUCAAGAAACUGCAGCUGGAGAGUGAAAACUCACCGCUCUGCAAACCUCUCAGCCGCAUGUCUCGACGUGCUUCACUGUCUGACAUAGGCUUUGGGAAACUGGAGACAUACGUGAAGCUUGGUAAACUGGGUGAGGGGACGUAUGCCACGGUGUUCAAAGGGCGAAGCAAACUAACAGAGAACCUGGUGGCUUUAAAGGAGAUUCGGCUGGAGCACGAGGAGGGAGCACCUUGCACUGCUAUCAGAGAGGUGUCUCUACUGAAGAACCUGAAACACGCCAACAUCGUCACGCUGCACGACAUCAUCCACACCGAACGCUGCCUCACUCUGGUGUUUGAGUACCUUGACAGUGACCUUAAACAGUACUUGGACAACUGCGGGAAUCUCAUGAGCAUGCAUAACGUCAAGAUUUUCAUGUUCCAGCUGAUGCGUGGUCUGUCCUACUGUCACAAGAGAAAGAUCCUCCACAGAGACCUAAAGCCUCAGAACCUGCUCAUCAACGACAAGGGCGAGCUCAAACUGGCCGACUUUGGUCUGGCGAGGGCACAAUCGGUCCCCACCAAGACUUACUCCAAUGAGGUGGUAACCCUAUGGUAUCGACCCCCUGACGUGUUGCUGGGCUCUACAGAAUACUCCACACCCAUCGACAUGUGGGGCGUGGGCUGUAUCCAGUUUGAGAUGGCAACAGGUCGUCCCAUGUUUCCUGGUGCCACCGUGAAGGAAGAGCUACACUUAAUCUUUAGGCUUGUGGGCACUCCAACAGAAGAGACUUGGCCUGGUAUCAGUAGUAAUGAGGAGUUUAGGUCUUACCUCUUUCCUCAAUACAGACCUCAAGCUCUUAUCAACCAUGUGCCCAGGUUGGACACAGAGGGGAUCGACCUGCUGUCAGCUCUACUACGGUAUGACACCAGGAGCAGAAUCUCUGCUGAAGCCUCUCUGCAACACCCCUACUUCCUGAGUCUGGGAAAUAACAUACUUAAUUUGGCAGACACUGCUUCAGUGUUUUCCCUCAAAGAGCUCCAGCUCCAGAAGGACCCAGGCCACCGCAGCUCAUUGUUUCAGCCUUUAGGUCGAGGAAAGAAUCGAAGACAAAGCAUCUUCUAGAGGUCACAGAGGAGGAUCAGAGACACACAGAGAAGAGAAGCUGCCUGUUCAGACCACAGCACAAAGGCCAAAACACAGCUCAGCACAUUCACAAGCAUGCUCAUCUGCGUGCACACAUCUGCAUGUACACACAAACUCAUGUGCACUCAUUCAUUUUCAAGGCAGCUGACCAUGGAGACACACAGAGUUUCUGGAAAUUAACUUGUGAAAUGACUGAGCUGAGAUACUCUAUCCCUCCACAUACACACACAGCACAUAUAUGCACACAUUUGCACAAUCGGCCACACUGAACAUGCUGCCAUUACUUAUUUGCACACAUCAGAGACACACAUGCAUUUCAGCGCAAUAUUUGAACCAUUAGGCCCCUAAAUAAAGCUGCUCUGCUCUGUUAUAGUGUACACAAAUACGAAAGUUUAAAUAAUUUUCCUUCAGAGUACACCCAGGGCUCUAGCCAUUUAAAGUAGCUACCACAUCUGGAAACAUCAUACAAUCGCAGUUGUACAGACAUAAAGGUGGUGUGAGUGGAGGUCAGUUCAGUUUUAAGUCUAAUACCUUGUUUCCAUUGAGGAAAUUGCUAAAUGUUUGCUUUACCAAAGUUUAGGCUUGUCUCUGUACUAAAAUGUAGCUUGAAGAUACACUCACUGAUUUUGUUGUUGCAUCUAGUGACAUCUCUGAAUUGUAAAAUGUCCUCCCAGGCACCUCUCACGACCCUCCAAAUAUCAUGACCCGAAACCAGAGAGAAGGUUUCUGUUAUUAUUUUUGUUUUUCUUCAGUUAAUUGUUAAAUUGCAAUUUAUUUUAUUUUAUAACACGAAAGUUUGAACAGUGAUCCAAAGCCACAUUUUCUGGAGGCGAAAUGAUUUAAUUCAUUUAUUAUUCCUUUGACCUACAAUUAGUUAAAUUUAAACAUUGAAUCUAAAAAUACCAGCUUACAAAAUGCCCAAAGUGCCCUCAGGUUGCUAAAACCUCCGAAAUAGUAAUGGUGGCUGAAGCCUUGUGUACUGACAGGAACUUCCCAAAUAACAAAAAGUUUGAGCAUUUACACUAUUUAUGUCUUUGUUAGCUAUAAAUAAUAAUAAUAAUAAUAAUAAUAAUAAUAAUAAUAAUAAUAAUAAUAAUAAUAAUAAUAAUAAUAAGCUAACAGGCUAAUUAAGCAUUGAAAUGUUGUCAUGAGCCUGCCAGCCUCUGAACCAGUUGAAUAGUAAAGAGUCAACCUCAAACAGUACAUUAGCUAAUGCAUAAUUUAUGGAGCAAAUGAUGGUUAGCUACCAGGAUACGCCAGCUAGCUAAGCAUCUGCCGUGAUUAAUACAAUUUAAACAAUUUAUCUUUGAUGAAAUGGUUAGAUGCCUGUCAAAAAGUCCCCUAUAUGGCAACAUUGGUGUGUUAUGUCACUUGGCAGUGUUGAAGUUGUACAUAAACAAACAGUUGUAGCCACACACUGUAUUUUACUUUAUAUUUUACUCCCAUCAAACAUUGAACCUGCCAUACAAUCUGACGCCAUCGUGAAUACAAACUCCACUGUAAAAUGAAUUCAUGUCGACAGUUUGAAUUCAGUUCCAUUCAAUGUUAUGAGCGAACUUUCACUCCAGUUUUUGAAGUUGCCUUAGUAAACUGUGCAUGAUGUUUUGGUUGUGAAGAAUAUAUAUUUGAUCUAUAGUAUAGCCAAUGUGUUAGAAGACAUUUGCUUUGCGUGUGUAAAUAACUCACCAUGUGUAUUUCUUAGUCUCCUUUUUGCACAAACCAGAAGUGUCCUCUGAAGCCUGCUCCCUUCCCUUUGUGUCUUACCUUACAUGGUUCAAAAAUAUAACCCCAUAUCGUACCAAAAUCCUGUAACCCGAGUAAACUGAGAAAGUAUGUCCUACAAGUACUUUCUGGUAGCAAAUGUCUCUCAGAACAACUCACCACUACCCCUUAUAUUUUGCACAGCUCUAUUGCACCUCUUGCCAGGGAGCAGCUUUUGGCUGUUGGACCACAACAAGCGCAUACCGCAACAUACAGAUUCAUUUAGAAAAAAGUAGAACAGUAUACGUAUCUGCUGAAGUGA